AUGAAAUCAUGUUUGGAGGAAGCGGCUUUAGUUGGAACUUUUCGACCGGCAAUCGUGUCAGAUUCCUUCAAGCUCAGCUCUUUCCCGUCUGCACAUUCACGGCACAAGGUGAAGAAAUUCUCCGUACAACAAGAUGCCCCAGACACGCGUUUUCUCGGUAGUUUUCUCUCAAACAGCCUCAAAACCAAUCAGCUGGAGGUGAAUACGGAUGCAAAGACCCUCCGUCCGAUUGCUCGCCUCAAGGAACCCCGUGAUUUAUUUGCAUUGCCGAAAGAAAGAGACUAUGACUGCCCCCAGCAAGCGGCACGUUGGCCGAUCGAGUGUCAGGUAUUGGAAGAACGAAUUUAUCACAUAGAAUAUGUGCCAGAUGCUCCUGAACCGUACUACCAACCCACGGGGAAGGAGCUACAACCACGACCAGUGGGGGAGGAGAAUGGAAUAGUCAUUUAUAAUUACAAUCCUGUCAGUGCAGUUAAUUAUACAAAUAGAGACAGUGAUUCAGAUUCUGACGACGAUGAUAGUUCAGCGACCGAGAUUAAUUACCCCCCAACUCAACAGUCUGGUGAUAAAGUGAGAAAAACCCCGGAUACAGAUGCAACAGAUUCCGAUGAGAGUGGAGAUGGGAAUGAUGAUGAUGAUGAUUGUGACGACACAAAUAUCAAAUGCAAGAGCUUAAAAUUAGAUGCACAAAUUCAAAAAAAAUCAACCGCCAAAUGUUGCAAUGAUGAAUUUACAAGCAAUCUUCCGCAGUUCAGUCGCUCCAGCGUGGGUGGAUCGAAAUAUUUACUCAAUGCACACCCAAAUCCACCCGAAAUUGAGGAUUUAGUAUUCGAAUCCCGCUUCGAAUCGGGGAAUUUAGCAAAGGCUGUGAAAAUAACAUCAGGGUACUAUGAGCUCUACCUAAGGCCAGACAUGUAUACCAAUCGCCAUACACAAUGGUUCUACUUUCGCGUUAUGAAUACACGCAAAAAAAUAAAUUACAGGUUCUCCAUUGUAAAUUUAGUCAAAUCAGACAGCCUCUACAAUGAAGGAAUGCGCCCCCUCAUGUACUCAACCAUUGAGGCCAAUACAUCUCUCAUCGGUUGGAGGAGAUGCGGAGAAAAUAUAACAUACUUUCGCAAUGAUGACACAUUUCCCCUAAAUGAUGACGACGAUGAGAAUGGCUCCUACACCCUAACAUUUAACAUUGAAUUUCAACAUGACAACGACACCGUGUACUUUGCCCACAGCUACCCCUACACCUACAGUGAUCUCCAAGACUACCUAAUGGCCAUCCAGCGUCAUCCCGUCAAGUCAAAGUACUGCAAACUCCGACUCCUCUGCCGAUCAUUAGCUGGAAACAAUAUUUACUAUCUCACCGUCACAGCUCCCCAAACGGAAGAGGAGGCAGUUAAAAAGCGAGCAGUUGUGGUAUCAGCUCGUGUACAUCCCGGAGAAACCCCAUCGUCGUGGAUGAUGAAGGGGUUAAUGGACUUUAUCACGGGUGAUUCGUACGUUGCAAAGAGACUUCGUCAUAAAUUCAUCUUCAAACUCAUCCCAAUGCUUAAUCCCGAUGGGGUAAUUGUCGGCAAUACACGAAGCUCCCUCACGGGUAAAGACUUAAAUCGUCAGUAUCGCACCGUAAUACGCGAGACAUAUCCCUCAAUCUGGUACACCAAAGCAAUGAUUAAAAGACUGAUGGACGACUGCGGUGUCGUCAUGUACUGCGACAUGCACGCUCAUUCACGUAAACACAAUGUGUUCAUCUAUGGGUGCGAAAAUAAGCGGCAGCCCGAGAAGAAACUUUCCGAGCAGGUGUUUCCACUCAUGCUACAUAAGAAUGUGGCCGAUAAAUUUUCCUUCGAGAGCUGCAAGUUCAAGAUACAGAAAAACAAGGAAGGCACCGGGAGGAUUGUCGUAUGGAUGCUGGGUGUAACAAAUAGCUAUACCAUUGAGGCAUCAUUCGGUGGGACAACGUUGGGUAGUCGCAGUGGAACACACUUCAAUACCAUGGACUACGAGCAACUAGGACGUGCCUUCUGUGAGACCCUCAUGGACUAUUACGACGAGAAUCCACUUAAAGUAAAUAGGCGCAAAAGAAUAUUAUUGCGAUUGAAGAAAAUUAGGCGAUUAGAGCGUAGAUUGCGAAAGGCUAAGAAAGCACAAAAAUUGGAGGAGCAGGAGAGACUUCGAAUGAAAAUCCUCAAUCGUCUCUCGAAGGAAGGUUCGAGCGCUGACGAACCCCUAAACAUACCUCUAUCGGACUAUUCGAGCGACGAGGGUGAUACGAGCUCCGAUAGUUCUGAGAAUGAAGCCAACAAAAGUAUUUACGAGGGACCUUGCUGCCAACCACUGAAGGUGCCACCCUCAUCUCCGGUCAUGCCAUCGAAAUUAAAGUGCAAUAAGAAGUUUAGAAAAUCCAAGUUGAAGCGCCCCGUGACACUGAAGAAGAAUCACAAAUUCCCCGCGAGACCCAUCAUGGAUAUCCCAACGACGGAUCCGGGGCUGGAUCUGUGCUAUUCCACCUCAGAUGAGGACUACGAGACAGAUGGGGAUGUCUUUGGGCGUGUGUGCAAAGGGAAGCUGCUACGGCGGUCACCACAACUCAUUGCCGACACGAGCAUCCACAUGCCACCGGAAUUGAUCAUAACAUCGGCCAAAAAAACCGACGAUGAGCUUGGAGAUAAAUCGGGGAAAGUGAGUGAAGUCACGGCGCAAUCAAUCUCGGAAUUUCCGCCAAUAAACAGCAGCAAACGUGCAAAAUCUUGGCACAGCUUUAAUCGCUGCAUGGCCACGCUGAAGAUCACCACAAAUCCCACCCAAGAUGUGAUCAGCUACGACGCCGCUGAGAGUUUGCAGUUGAAGCUGUCGCUGAAGAAGCAAAUCUGGGCAGGAGCGUGGCCGGGGAAGAAUGGCAUUGACCGCUCAAGGCCCCUCUCGUGGGGAGUGUCGUCAAUUAGUGGGAAGAAGACAUUGGUGGGACAUCCGCGAAUGCAUGAUUACGACAGUGAGAGCCUCCUCACGGCAUGCUCGCAGAAAUUAGCUGCAUGGCAGGAGAGUGAGAGGCAGAAUGCUUCAUCAACAAUCCCAGGGGAUAAGAAAACACCCCGGAAGCAGACAUCAGUAUCCGUGGGAGCGAUUCAGGGGAAGAGUUUAGGUGAGAAAGGAACCAAAACACGAAAGAGUACAGCAGCCAUCGUGACGCCUACAAAAUCCCUCCCAGAGGAGCAGGGAAAAACCAAAAAGAAACCCAAAAGUGCCCUAACGAAGAUCGUCAAAGCCACGGAUUUCUUCACUCACCUGGCCAAGUCGUCAAAGACCCCCAAAAGCCGCGAUGUGCCAAGUUCAGCCCUGCUGGCGCCACCAACUCUCACUAGCAGUGCCUUUGUACCCAAUGCCAAUCACACGGGGCACAACAAACCAAAGUCCCCAAGUAAAUUCCGCACAGGUGCAAUUGUCGUCACAGCCGUUCAGCCCGGCAAGAAGUCCAAGAAGCUACGUCCACCGCGUCGUAGGAAUCACGAAACGUCCGAUAGUGAUUCUGAAAAUGCCAAGACAUUCGUGAGGAAGGUGCGGACGAAAAUCAAGCGGAAAAAGGGCAAAAGCAACAAGGAAAAACAUUGAAAAUUGCACCCCAUCCCCCUUAAUAAAGAAGUUUCUU